AUGACCAUUAGUGAAGAUUACCUAAAAACUAAACUAACAGACAUACUCAACGCUUCAUAUGUGGUAAGUUGAAUGUAUAAAAACAAUAUAUUAUUAUUUUAUAUUUGAACAUACAAUUUUAUAACAAAUUGUGUAUUUACCUAAAAAAUCCUACAUAACAAUAAUAAUUUUUACUUUUAAUGUCAUUUUCUAUUUGUGUGUUACAUUUAUAAUAUUUCAAUUUAAUAAGUAUUUAAUCUUACAUUUAAGAUUUGUUACUGUAAUAUAAAUUAUGCAACUGUUUAUUAUUUAGGAUUCAUAAAAACAAUCUCAAAUUUUGGGUAAAGGUUUCGGCCAGUACAAUUGUAUGUUGUUAAUUCUGAAAUAAGGUGUGGAUAUAUUUUAGUAAAUCAUAUAAGGACUAUAGUAUAACUUUAAUCACGGUUUAAGUAAUUAUAGGAUUAUUAUUCAAAUAAAAUAAAGUGAUUAUAAAUUGAUUAAAAUAACAAAUUAUAAAAUCAUCGAUCACAGAAUUUAAUUUUAAUUGACCAAUAUAUCUUCUUUAAGUUAUGAUUUUUUUAAAUUAUUUCUUUACAUAAUUUUGGGAAAAAUAAAUAUCUGGUCGCAUUUAGUUUUAAAAUAAUGGUUAAAAAAAAAUGUUAAAGUAUCACAGAUUUUCAAAAAAAAAAUUAUUUGAAGACAGUGAGGCUAAUGGGAAAAAUAUACAUAUACAAAAAAUAAUUUAUAAAUUAUGUGUUAUUAGUUAUGGUAACUAUAAAUAAAAUGAAAAACAAAUUUUUUUUUAAAAUUCCCUUUGAAUACAAAAUGUAAUCAAAAAUUUAAAAACAUAUAGACUAUACAGAUGUUUCAAAAGCAUAUUACAAUGGGUAUAAACUUUAUAUAUAUAUAUAUAUAUCGUCUCAGGACACUAUAUAUAUUUAGAAAAGGAGUACCUAUACUGGCUUUUAUUAAUUUUUGACUAGUUAUAGCUGCUUAAUAAAAAUGUGAAAAGUUGUAGCUCUAUUUGAACCAUUUUAGGUUUUAUAUAACAUAUUAUACUUAAAAUAUUAUUCGUGUAAUAUUAUGAUAUAUGAUUAAAGUACGGCCUUCUAAAGCUGUAGAUUAAAGUAAAUUAAUAUCAGUAGUUUAAUUUAAGUUAAUUAAUCCAUAUUUUCUGUUUUUAUGAUAUUUUGGAAACUGAAUAGAUUUGUAUGUUUUUUUUAUAAAUUAACUGCAUGUUAAACAUUUAUUUUUAUUGAUUCAACAAUUAAUUACACUUUAUUGGAUCGAUAAUUUAAACUUGUGAAUGGUCAAUUUUGGUUCAAUAAAAUUCAAAACAGUUUCAUAACCUUUAUUCUAUUAAACAAAUAACACAAUAUAUUUUUAAGUUUUUCCAUAGAUAUUAUCUACAAUUUUGUCUAAUUACACAAAUUGUGUUAUUGUAUUUAUGUUUCAUAAAACAUUUUUAACUAGUUUUAUAACACAAAAAUUAAUUUCCUUGAAUAAUUUGAAUUUGACAUUGAUAGUAUGAGUCCAUUAUAAAACAAUGUUUGUUUAUAAUUAGCCUAUAUGUGAAGAAAGGUUUAUGCAAAAUUUAUUAGUUAUAUUUAUAAUAUAUAUGAUAUAGAUGCAUUUAAAAUAAUCGAACUUUAUGAGUAUAAUAAAUUAUCCAUUUGGCAUUAUCCAAUGAUUUAUUAAUACCUGUGAUAUAAUAGGUUAUCAAACUGUUUAUAUAGGUUUCAUAUGAAACCCGGAAUUCAAAUUUUAUAUUUAAUUAACAAUUAGUUUUUAAGUUUACCUCAUUAAUAGUGGUUAAAGUGGAAAAAACUUUGAAGAGUUUCAUAAUAAUUCUAUUACAAUAUGUGUUCCACAGUUACAUAUAGAGUUUUGUUUAUACUAUACUAGCUGUAAAUAAACCAUCUAUUAAAUUUGGUACCAGUUAUAAAAUAAAGAAUAGAAUUAUAAAACAUAAUUGAUAAUACCAAUAAUAGAGAAAUAGAUAAUAGGCGUGUGUCUAAACCAAACCAAGAUUUAUACAGAUUCUUUCCGUUUUUGGCCUAAACAUAUAUUGUAGAAAUUAAAAAUAAAUAACUAGUUUGAACAUUGAAUAAAUGAUCUAGAUCAUGAUUUAGUAAAAUAAGUUAAGAGAACGUCAUAUUUACAUGCACUGUCUCUAUCCUACAACCGUGUGACAUACUUAGCAAAUUUCUGUUCAUCAGGGACAACUUUAUGUUGUUAGUUUUAAAAUUAGAGUUAAUUGACCUAUUAUCAAACUUAAAUAUAUGAAUUUUAUCUGUGUCAUCCCAUGUGUUUUUUUUUUUUAUUAUUUUAAUUUUUAAUUGAAAUAUAAUCUUGUGAAAUAUCACAAUUGAAAAAUGAUAACUACCAGGUAAUAUGCAAUAACAAUGCUUACACAGAAUAAGUAAAACUAUAUUAGUAUAAGGUAUAUGAGUAAAAGGGAAACAGGUAAAAAAGGGCAAUCAAAAACAGACAUAGGUAAAAACGACAGCAAUAAAAGAUAAUUUAAAAAAAAAAAACUGUUUAAUUAAUUAAAAUGGUUAAAAGUUAAUAUUAUGACAAAAUGAAAAAUUAGUAUUUAUAAAUUAUUAUUAAAACAAAUUAAAUUAAAUUAAUUUAAAUCAAAAUUGAAUAUUAUAUGAAAUUGCAUUUAAAAAAAUUUCAAUUGACUGGUUUCCUUCUUUAAAAUCUGUACAAAUUUAAUUCAGUAAUUUUUGAAUUUUCUCAUAGGUGUUUCUUUUUUUGAUUUUAUGACAUUUAGAUUCCAUUGAGCCAAUUUUGUUUUGUCUGCAGAAAUUUCAAGUCAUAUUUUUUCUAUAAUAGUUCCUACACCUAGGUUAUGACCCACUAAUUUAAAGAACCAGUGACUCCAACCUUCUGUUUGAUUAUAGAAAAUUAUAGAAAAUAUUCAAAAUGUUGUAGUUUUAUUAUUUUUUGUUUGUUCAAAAUUGUAUGGGAAUUGUAUCUUAAAAUUUUCACAUUCUUUCAAAUUUUUCAAUUUUUGUUCAAAAUAUCGACGUUCAAAUUUUAAAGUUUUCUAAUUCAACCAUUUCUGAUUAAAAAUAUUAAUAAAUAAUUUACAAGUUGAUAUUAAAUAGUUUUGGACGUUUCGGCUGAAAUACGCUCGGUUGAUUUAUAGGCUCCCCGACCCCCGGUCCCCAGAGCAACCAUAUUAUCUUAGAUUGUGAAGAAAAGACUAGUGGACUGCUAGAUACCACGAUUUAAAGUAUAUCUUAAUUCAUGCUAGGUACUAAAGCAGUGUUAAUUACUAAAGUGGUUACAUACAAUUAAGGUGUGGUACAACCAUAUGUGAUAUGGUAUCACCUGCCUGGCACCAAUCGAAAUUAAAAAUUUGGAAAAUAAUAAUUAUUUAUUUUUUGUAUUAAAUUUUGUUUUUUACAUGUUCGAUCAUUUACAUUUUUUCAUUUGUAAUAAUAGUUAAAUAAUGAAAUUUAUCACAAAUUAGAUAAUAAAAAUGUUUAUCUUAAAACAGUAUCUGUAACCGCAUAUAACCAUUAUGGUAACUUCGCUCGUAGUAUAAUGUUUGUAUAUAGUAGGUAUAGGCGUAUUUAUUAUCUAUGAUGCCGACUUGAUACUCGCCACUUGGUAUUUAUGACUUUAACAUAUAGUGUUUUUAAUAAUUUUUGAGUUAUAAUUAUUAUAAUUGCUUUUCGAAUGUUUCAAAAAUGUUAAUGGUGUACUAUUAACUGUUAUUUCCAAUUUGUAUUCAUUUUUUUUUUUUUUAAAGUGAGCAAUAGCUAAUAAAUUCAAAUUUAUAUUUUGAUUCGGUUCGUUGAUAUUGAGUGCAAUUGAAAUGCAGUCUGAAACUCCAAAAAAAAUUAUUUCCAGUCUUCUGGUAAUAAUCCUCGAUGUUAAUCCAGCUCAAGAUACUCUACUAAGUGGAGAAAUAAAAUUAUCAUCCAUACUUAGUUCUGUGGUUGCAUUUGCUAAUUCUCACCUUAUGCUUCGUACCCAUAAUAAAGUUGCAGUGCUUGCAUCUGAUCCAAAUAGUUGUGAUUUUAUAUACUCUGAUCAAGAUGAACUAGACUUCAAAAAGAAAACUGUCAGUAGUUGUAAAAUGGGUGGAAGUCAAUAUGAAUUGUUUAGCCAUAUUGAUCGUUCUAUCAAAUUUAAUAUUGUGAAAUUUCUCAGAGAUGCAGCUGAAGAACCACAUAUGUCUAGAGAUACAGUUUUUGGAGCAUCUUGUGCUAAGGCAUUAUGUUACAUAAACAGAUUACAAAGUAAUCUAUUACCUGGAGAAACAAUGAAUUCAAGAAUAUUAAUUAUAUCUGGAUGUGAUAAUGAAGGAGAUAAGUAUAUCCGAUGUAUGAACACUUUUUUUACAGCCCAAAAACAAAAUGUAGCUAUUGAUGCUUGUAGCCUUACACAUGAUGUCACUCUAUUAAAACAAGCAUGUUACAUCACAGAAGGUUCAUAUUUUCGUAUGCCUAAAUUAGAAGGUUUAUUGCUAUAUUUACAAUGGAUAUUUUUGACUGAGCCAUCUUCUAGAAAAAAAUUAGUUAUACCAUUAGCUCCACAGUUAGAUUUUCGGCCAUUUUGUUUUUGUCAUGGUACCUUGACAGCGAUUGGUUUUGUAUGUUCAUUGUGUUUAACUAUUUAUUGCAAAAUAAGUCCUAUAUGCACUACUUGUGAAGCAGUAUUCAAAGUACGAUCAGCUAUAGCAGUCAAGCCUAAAAAAAAGAAAACCAAAGUGACAAGUGUAAAUAAUUAAUUUAAUUUCAGUUUAAUAUGUAAUUUUUAGUUAUGAAGUUAUUUAUGUUGCAAAAUAUAUGUAUAUUUUUAAUUUUGUAAUACUUACAAUUUUUGUAUUAAUUGUAUUAAUUAUUUAUUAGCAUUUUUAAAUAAUUGAAAUGGGGGAAAAAUAUAAAUUCAGUAUAAAUAAGACUGCAUUUUUUUAUAAAUAAUAAUACAUUUUACACCUACUAUACCAAUUUUAUAAUAUUGAACUAUUAAUUGAAUGAUAUUCAUUGGUGUUUAAAAUGUUCUCCAACUUUUUUAACAAUUAUAAUAAUAGUUUAAUUAAAUACCUAAUAUCUAUUAAUUAUUAGUAAAAACACACGUAUAAUAUCUAUAUCAUAUAAUUUUCAAUACAAAUUAUAAAACCUUGAAAAGGACAAGGAGCAAUGGAUUGGCUAGAAAUCUAAAUUUAAGAAUGCUAGAAGUGUGAGAUGCAGUAAUAAAAUUGUUUUUCUAAUCAAUCAUGACAACUUUUUUCACAGUGGUUCAAAAUUUUGAUUGAAAUUUAAAUUUAUGCUCAAUUAUGCAUAGUACAAUUUUGUAGAUAAUUAACAAAAAUCUAAAAAUAUGUAGCAAUGUACAAAUCUAAGCUAAGACGGCCUUUUUAUAUUUUUUUAUAUUUAAUGAACAGAUUGCUGAGCAUUUAUUAUUAUUAUUAUUACUAUUAUUGCAAAGUGGAAAUUUAAAACAUAGUAAUAAAAAUGUAAUAUGUUUAGAAUUCAUAUUGAUAUAUUUGUGAGUUGUGUGAGGGAUAUUCAUUAUAUAAACAUUAUAGCCCAGGAAUUUAUUUUCUUCCUUGGCUGAUUAUGGAUAUUAUUGUUAAAUUAGAAAAAUACUAUAAAAUAUUAUCACUUUGAUUUGGUACAUGUUAAUUUAAAAAUAAACAUUGAAAAUAGGCAUGUUAUUUACAAUUUCCAUUUUUAUUUUUCCAGAACAAUUUCUCGUGAAAAUUGGUGUUUCAUAUUGAUCUCUGAGUAUAUUCUAAUACAAUGACUUUUGCACAUUUAAAACUUAUAUACUUGAGAAAUGUACUCGACGAAAAAAUUAUUUUAAUGAUUGCUGUACUAUUUCGUUGGUUUGUUGGCUUGCAUGAUUAUUCUGGAAAAUCAAAAUCUCCAAUGUAUGGUGAUUAUGAAGCCCAACGGCAUUGGAUGGAAGUUACAAUUUCUCUACCAAUCAGUCAAUGGUAUUUUAAUUCAACUGAAAACGAUUUGUUGUAUUGGGGUCUUGAUUACCCUCCUUUAACUGCUUAUCAUAGUUACAUAAAUGGUUUAGUUUUUAAUACAAUUCUACCAGAGUCUGUUAAGCUUAAAACAUCUAGAGGUUUUGAGUCAAAGUUUCAUCAACUACUUAUGAGAUAUUCAGUACUGAUAGUUGACUUUUUGAUAUUUAUUCCAGCUGUAUAUUGUUUUUUUUUUCAAUUUUUCAAAAUUAUAAAAAAUAAUAACCCAAUAACUCGGACAAUAGCUAUCGGAAUAUUAUUAUUGUACCCAGGAUUAAUAUUAAUAGAUCAUGGACAUUUUCAGUAUAAUUGUGUUUCUCUUGGUUUUUUUGUAGCUAGUGUUGCUAGUAUGUAUGCCAAUAAAACUAUUUUUACUUGCUUUUUUUUCUGUAUGGCCUUAAAUUAUAAGCAAAUGGAAUUGUACCAUGCUUUGCCAUUUUUCUUUUAUUAUAUUGGAUUUAUAUAUGAAACAUAUAAGAAACAUUCAUUUAAUACAGCUUUAAGAAAACUAUCCAUUCUGGUAUUUAGUGUGACUCUGGCAUUUAUAAUAUUAUGGGCUCCUUUUCUUAGAGAUCCGCAACAAAUAUUUCAAAUUAUACACAGAAUUUUUCCUUUAGAGCGUGGUGUUUUUGAGGAUAAAGUUUCCAAUAUAUGGUGUUUAAUUAAUGUUUUAUAUAAGUUGCGAAAUAUUAAUAAUAAAACUAUGGCUACUAUAUGUUUAUUGACAACAUUUAUUUCAAUAUUACCUUCAUGCUUGGAUCUUUUUAAAAAUCCUUCUAAAAUGAAGUUUUUAUUGUCGUUAAUUAAUUGUUCAUUGUCUUUUUUUCUAUUUUCAUUUCAAGUUCAUGAAAAAAGCAUACUUUUAGUUGCUGUACCAGUUUUAAUGUAUUCUCCUCAAAACAUGUUUAUUUGUACUUGGUUUGCAUCUAUAGCAACAUUUAGUAUGCUUCCAUUAUUGAUAAAAGAUAAUUUAUUAAUUCCAUUUAUUGCUAUGUCAUUAAUCUACUUCAUAGUAUACAAUAAUAUUGAAAAAUUAGUUUCAAAACAAAAAGAAGCAUCAAAAUUGCAUUUGUUGCGUAAUUUAUCCUUAUUUGGGUGUUUUAUAAUUGUUAUUUGUUCCAUAGUAUUAAACCCACCCCCAAAAUAUCCAUACUUAUGGCCUUUAAUUAUAUCAUCUUAUAGUUGUAUACAUUUUAUUUUUUUUUUGAUAUAUUUUAAUUUUAAUCAAUUAGUGUUACGUGUUCCGAAAAAAAAACUAUAUUGAUAUUUGUUUCAUGUAGUAUAUUUUUACUUUAUGUUGAUAUAAAUUAGUUGUAUAUUAAAAUUAAUAUUUAAUUGCCAAUUUUUAUUUUUAUUAAUUUACUCAUUUUUUUGUAAUAAUUUAAAGAUCAUAUUUUAAUCUAUAUUUAAAAUGUAAUAUUAUUAUUAUGAAAUCUGUUACUUAUGCUGGUAAAAUAUUUUACCAAAAAUAAAUAUUUAUUAAGAAAUUUAAAUAUGUCAAUUAUUAAUAAUAUAGUAGUGUACUUAGUAUACUAAGUAAAAUAGUUGUAUAUAAAUAUUAUAUUGUUGUUUUUAAAGACUCUUGUUUACUUUUAAAUUAAUAAACUUACAAACAUUAUAUUAUUAAUGAAAUAUUUGUUGAUAAUUAACAAUUGUAAAUAUAUUAAUUACUGUAUAUUUGCUUUAUUAUAUUAAAUACAAAUUAUAGAUUAUAUGUAUAAAUGUUCUUUUUACAUUUUUAAAAACCAUUUUACUAUGGCUAAAAUGUAUAGAAAUGAAUAGAUAGACUGGAAUAAUUAUUUUUCAAUUAUGAGAAUGUGCAAUCUAGUAAAAAGAUUUUGAUUUAUAAAUAUGAUACACAUUUAUUUGUUUUUAAUCAAAGUUUGGAAUAUACUACAUUAAAUUUAUUGCAUACUAUGUAUACAAAUAUUUUAUUUUAUUUAAACAUAAAUUAUAAAUAUACAACUUGAUCCAUUUAAAGUGGAUACACUUUGAAAGGGCAACCUUUAUAAGAAAAUCCAUAAAUAGAUGGAGUAUUAGUUGAAAUAAAUAUAAGUGUUGACAUUUUUGUUUUCCGUUAAGCUGUUUUCGAGAUAUUCCACUUUUAAGUUUGGAUUAAAGGAAAGUAUUGGUGCAAUAUUAACACACCACGUGCCAUGCCAACACACAAAUGAUAUUUACUUUAUUCCAAACCAAACAUAAAAGUGGAAUAUCUUGUUUAGGGAUUAAUAGAAAUCAAAAAUUUCAUUACUACAAUUUAUUAUUAAUUAAUAAUAAUCUAUUUAUAGAAUUUUUAAUAUAGAUUGUUAUUUGGAAAUCAAAAAUAGGUAAUGGUUUACCUCCAAAAAUAACAUAAACAUAAAAGAGCUGUUUGUUUCUUAAAUGUUCUAGAAAACAAAUUCUGAAAAAAAUGAACACUUUCUGAGAUAAUGAGUGUAACCACUUAAAUGGAUCAUCUUGUAUAAUGAAAUAGUACCUAAACAUUUUCACAGUAAAUGUGAUAUGAUAUUUAGUUAAUGUGAUACUAAUAGGUAGGUAAAUAAAUAUUGACUAUAAUAAUGGUACUUACUACCUACUCAUAAUAAAUAAUAAAUCAUUGUUAACACCUUAUCUCACCUAUAGGACAAAUUCCCUAUAUGAUUUAAAUAAUUUAACAAAUACUGCAUAGGUAUAAACUGUGUUUAAAUUUUAAAUUAAAAUGUAGAAACUAUUAAUUAAUUCAAUUAAGGAAAAACUAUACGAUUUUUUGAUGAAUACUUAAAUUUUAUUUUAUAUGCAAUAUAGGAACAUGCAUGAGUUAUUUAAUAUAACAAGGUACCAAACAAAAAUAAUAAUUCAAUUUUAUAUAUUCUUAUAUUAUUGUAUUUUUGUUUUUUAGUCUGUCAAUGAUGAUUCCGAUGGAUGUGGUGCCAAAUUCAGUGUAGUUGUUGUAUCUGAUAAAUUUAUCGGUAAAACAUUAUUACAACGUCAUCGGUGAGCAUUAGUUUUUUUUUAUUUUAUUUGUUAAGGAACUGUACACAAAAUAAUUAGUUAAUUAUUGUGUUUCAAGUGUCACAAAAAUUAAGUAUUAUGAAUGUUAAUUUUUAUGAAACUAUUAUGAAUGAUUAUAUUAAAUAUAUGUUAAUAAUACAAAAUUCUUUAUUUUUUUUAAUAGUUUAAUUUAAAUAAAUACUAGUUUAUUGUGUUAAAGUAAUGUAAAAGUUAUAAAUAAUUGUUCUAAAAUGUCAUGAAUAUCUAGAUUAUAUAUAUUAUGUUCUAUUUAAGAUAGUUUGACUAUGUUGGGUAGGAUUAGGGGUGAAUAUGCAAGAGGUAGUUGAGGAGAAGCAAGUAUAUUAAAAAAAAAGAGAGAAUUUAUUGAGAUGGUAAAGUAAAUUAAUUUGAGAAACAGGAAAAUAGUCAAGAGCAUAGGUCAGUUUAUUUUAUAAAGAAAACGGAGAAGAGUUAAGCUAAAGAAAAGGUGGUUAUUGGCUAGAAUUAUUAGACAAAUUAUACAUAAAUUGUUUAUUAAGUAGGUAAUAUAUUUGAUAUAAAACGUUAAUGGAUAGUGAGUUGUGGCUUUGUGAGUGGAAAGAAUAGGAGUAGCUGACCUUAAUUGUGGAUAAAAACAAGAAAAAAUAUGAUAGAUUUAUGAGUUUAUCAUAUAUAACAUUAUAUAAAUAAAUUAUGUAUUUACAUAAAAACAGUUAUGUAUUAUCUUGUGAAUUACCUAAGAGUUAUAAUCUAUAUUAUAUAUUUUCUGAAGUGGAUAUUAACUACUUAUUAAAUAAGAUAUUUUAUUAGUUGUUAUAAAGUAAUAUACGUACUGUAAUAAUUAUUGAUAGGUUUCUUUAGGGUAUUAAUGUUUACAUUAUUCUACUAAAAUUAAGUACUAAGAUAUAAACAUGCAAUUUGUUGUAGAACAACAUAAAUAUUAAAAAAGGAUUUUGUCUUUGUAUAUUGUCUCGUGUUUAAUUUAUAUUCUUUAUAUUUUACAUUACCCUCAUAUGGCAUAAGUUCGGAUAAUUUUUAAGCUAUUUCAUGAAUAAAAAAAUUAAUUUAUAGCUUAAUAUGAAUUAUUCCAAUGCCAAUUUUUAGAUGUCGAUACUCCUGAUACAUUAUGAGAAAAACAUUUUUAAAAAUGUUGAUUUCGGCAUCUUAAAGUGCAUAUAUAUAGUCUAAAAGUGUAAUAGUCUGAAAUUAUCCCUCAUUUGUCAUAACUUUGGAUAUCCCAUUUAUGUUAUGUGUUAUUCAUAUGAUAAGACAAAUUUUGAAAAUUAAAGCUUUGUUCGGACACUAUAGUAUAUCUUUAAACAAAUGUUUAAUAUCAAAAUAUCAAAAAUUAUUGUAAUUAAAAAAAUAAUAAUAAUAAUAUUAUUUUUCUUUUAUAUAGUCUUUUUUGACAAAAAAAGUUUAUUAAAAUAUAUAUUUGGUAUUAUAUAAUAAAACAAAAUUAUAAAUAAUUAAAUGAUGUUCUACAUUGUCACUAUCUCAAUGCCUGGAAUAUGAAUAUCCUUUUAUUAUUACAAUGAGGCAUCAUAAAAUUAAUGGCAAACUUGACUUUUUAAACUUUCUUGAUCUCCAUAUGAUCUUAUCAUGCGUGUCAUAUUUCCUCUCACGAUUACGUUUUUUCGUAUUUCUCAUUGGUAUGUCCGAACUUAAAAAAAUUGAUUGGCAAUUAAUGGCACGUGAACUAAAAUAUUUAUUUUCAAUGUUUAACUUUAUAACGUCAACUGUAAAUGAUCGGAAUAAAGUGAUAUGAGCGCAGGUACUGUCCACUAAGUAGUCAAUAUUGUAGGAUACAUUUAUCGCAAAUAUUUUUUUACUUUGUAUUAAAUAACAAACUUUUGUAUAAAUAUGUUUUCUUAUUAAUUUAUCAACUCUAUUAUAGUGGAUAAUUAUUUGAACUCCUGUAAAGAAAUUUAUUGAAAAAAAAAAAGUUCAAAGAAACUAUUGAAAAAAAACAUUUAAUGUCCUAACUCAUGCCAUAUAUGACGGUACAUGAAACUAAAGUUUAUAAAUACAAUUUUAGAAGCACGAGGUUAAAUUAUUUGGAACAUAUUUUAUUGAUUAUUGUAAUGCUUGAGGAUAGAAAUUAAUGCUCUUAAUAUGUAUUAUGCUUUAUUAGUAUAUUAAUCAUUAUGGAUAAGAUAUUAUAUUGGUAUUUAAAGGAUACUCAACAUAAUUAUAAGUUGAUAUUUGUAAUAUAAAUAUUAAAAUAUAAAUUGAUUUUUGUUAUAGUCUAUCUUUGGUACUACUUGACUUCUGAAAAGAUUAAACUCUAGGUUAAAAACUGUAGCCAAUCUGAGAAAUAUACAUAUAUAUAUAUAUAUAUAUUUAGUUUAUUAUUAAGGGGUUAUUUUGUGUGUCAUAUUAUGCUUAAAACAAUAGUUAUAUAUAAUUGUAUAAGUAUAAAAUAAAUAAAGAUUAGAUAUGAUAUGUUAUAUUUUUGAGUAUUUAAAACAUUUAUAAAGUCAUUGGCUAUCUAAGGGGAACUUUUUAAUUACUGUUGUCAAGAGCUUAGAUGAAAUUAGAUUUUUGAUUAAUUUUUCAGAGUACACUGUUUAAAUAUCAAACUUAAAUGGUAAAAUUAAAAAAAAAAUGUGUAGGUGAUACAAACUUGUAUUUUAGUAAAUGGUAUUUUCAUUUUGUAUGCAUUAAGGUUGGUUUUAAAUAAUAGAAAUAAUGCUAUAGCAUAUUUAAACACAAUCAUAUAUAUCUAAGUUGCCAUUAUUUAUUUAUAAAUAAUUAAUUAUAAUUAUUACAUAAUUAUAAAACCAAUAUCUAUAUAUAUUUAUAGGCAUUGAUUGCAUAUGUGACCUAUUAAACACAAUAAAUAUCGAGUUUUUAAUUAUAGACAUUUAAUGAACACAUGGAUAUUGCAUUUUAAAUUAAUAUUAAUGGUUACAUUUCAAUUAAGAAUUUAGUUAAUAAUAAUUUGUUUUAUUUUAGAAUGGUAAAUGAGGUACUAGCUGAAGAAUUAAAAGAAAUACACGCAUUCUCACAGAAAACAUUGACAACAGAACAAUGGAACAAUUUAAAUAAAAAUUAA